CCUCUCAAUCACUCUUCCAAUCGCAGAAAAGAUCCUUGGCGAUCCUUGGUUUUGCUCGUGAUCAUGGUCGCCCAUCCCCCCAAAUAAAAUUCAUUUCAUUUUUCAUUGAGGGAGGACAGAGGACACCCAAACAAGCUGAAGAAUGCAGCCGACGUCGCCCCAGCAAUUGUCACCCGUGGACGAGCAGGAGAAGCUGCUGGACACGGCCCUUGGAGUUGUCAAAGUGCAGGCUCUGGAGAUGAAAAGAUGUUUGGACAGGAACAAACUCAUGGACGGCUUGAAACACGCAUCCACCAUGCUCGGAGAACUCCGAACGUCUCUUCUCUCGCCCAAAAGCUAUUACGAGCUUUAUAUGGCAACGACCGAUGAACUGCGCUAUUUGGAGCAGUAUCUUCUGGACGAGUUCCAAAAGGGCCGCAAAGUAACAGACCUGUACGAGUUAGUGCAGUAUGCUGGCAAUAUUGUCCCUAGGCUUUAUUUGUUGAUAACUGUGGGCCUGGUUUACAUCAAAACCAACGAUUCGAUCAAGAAAAAUCUGUUGAAAGACAUGGUUGAGAUGUGUCGAGGCGUCCAGCAUCCCUUGCGAGGUCUGUUCCUUCGCAACUACCUCCUGCAAUGCACAAGGAAUAUUCUUCCUGACAUUGUUGAGUCAGAUAUUGAGCACGAAGGCACGGUCAAAGACUCCAUCGACUUUGUCCAGCUGAAUUUUGCAGAAAUGAACAAGUUGUGGGUGCGAAUGCAACACCAGGGACACUCAAGAGAAAAGGAGCGCAGAGAACGAGAGCGGGAAGAGCUUAGGCUGUUGGUCGGAACCAAUUUAGUUCGUCUUUCUCAACUGGAGUCGAUCAACGUAGAAAGAUACAAAAAGCUUGUCUUGCCAGGAAUUUUGGAGCAGGUGGUUAGUUGUCGAGAUGCAAUCGCUCAGGAAUACUUGAUGGAGUGCAUCAUUCAGGUUUUUCCUGACGAUUUCCAUCUGCAAACCCUGCAUUCCUUUUUGAAAGCGUGUGCUGAGCUGCAGCAGGGAGUCAACGUGAAAAAUAUCAUAAUUGCACUAAUAGACAGGCUUGCUCUCUACUCACAGAGGGCUGAUGGUGGCAUUCCAGCAGAGAUACGCCUGUUUGACGUUUUCUCUGAACAAAUCGCUCAAAUUAUUCAGGCUCGCCAGGACAUUCCAACUGAGGACAUCGUUGCUCUGCAAGUGUCUCUCAUUAACCUCUCUCUUAAAUGCUAUCCCGACAGAGUUGAUUACGUCGACAAAGUUCUUGAAACAACGGUGGAUAUUUUCAAGAAAAUGGAGCUUCAGCGAGUCCAAUACAACAGUGCUGUGUCAAGAGAGCUUGCAAAACUUAUGAAAAUCCCAGUGGACAAUUACAACAACAUUUUAACAGUGUUGAAAUUGGACCACUUCGCUCCACUGAUCGAAUACUUUGAUUUUUACGGAAGGAAAGAUUUGUCUGCAUAUCUUGUCACCAAUGCUCUUGAAAACGAAACUCUCAUACCAUCUCAAGAGCAAGUGGACACUGUGCUGACCAUGAUUGACUCUAUGAUCCAAGAUCAAUCCGACCAGCCCAGCUCCGAAGAGGAUCCAGAUGAUUUUGCUGAAGAGCAGGGAUUGCUUGGAAGAUUUAUCCAUCAUCUAAAGUCUGAGGUUCCUGACCAGCAAUAUUUGAUUCUGACUGCUGCUAGAAAUCACUUCUCUCUUGGAGGUGCUAAAAGAAUAAAGUACACCCUGCCACCACUUGUGUUCCAAGCUUACCAGCUUGCAUAUCAGUAUAAUUCGUUAAAAGAAGAGGAUGCAAAGUGGGAUAAAAAAUGUCAGAAAAUUUUCCAGUUCUGCCAUCAGACCAUCAAUGCGCUAACGAAAGCAGAGCUUGCUGAGCUCCCUCUGCGUCUAUUUCUCCAAGGUGCCAUUGCAGCUGGAAGCAUUGAGUUUGAAAACCACGAAACUGUUGCCUAUGAAUUUAUGUCUCAGGCAUUUUCUUUGUACGAGGACGAAAUCUCAGACAGCAAAGCUCAGUUGUGUGCUAUCACCCUGAUCAUAGCCACAAUUGAACAGAUGGCCUGUUUCGAUGAAGAAAAUCACGCUCCUCUGCGAACGCAAUGCGCUCUGGCUGCCUCAAAACUGCUGAAGAAGCCUGACCAGUGCCGUGGUGUGAGUGCAUGUUCGCACUUAUUUUGGUCUGGAAAAUCAAAAGCGACCGGUGGCGAGGCCAUGCGAGAUGGAAAGAAGGUGGUUGAGUGUUUGAAUAAGGGGUCUCGCAUCACCAACCAGUGCAUGGAUUUGGGAGUCAAGGUUCAGUUGUUUGUCGAGCUGCUGAACCACUACAUUUAUUUCUUCGAAAAGGGCAAUGACCAAGUUACGGUGCAGCUUUUGAACCAACUUGUGUCCAAGGUCAAAGAAGAGCUGCCUAAUUUAGAAGCAAACGAGGAGACAGAGCAAAUUAACAAGCAUUUCACAAACACUCUCGCUCACCUUCGAACAAGAAUGAGCGCCCCAGAUGCAAAUAGUAUCAACUUUGAAGGGCUUGUUAUCUAAACUUUGGAUCAAUGAUUAUGAAAUUAAAUUUUACUACGACCAGGCAUUUUAUCUUCCACGUUGGCAUUUUAUGUUGAUCAUGUUUUGUUUGGAGAAAUUCUAUUGUAAAUUAUUAUUGCACUGGGCAAAUAAUUAUUGUAUAAAAUGAAUUAUGAAAUAAAGCUAUCUAUUAGAAACUAAGAAA